AUGGCUCCCAGUCAAGUGCGGAAUUGGGAACAUUCAGGGUCGGAUUGCUGCAGUCCGAUUUCCUCUUGCUUCCUAGGAUGGUGCUGCCCAUGCUUUCUUUACGGCAAAGUCUAUCACCGUACUCGUAAGGAUUCCUCGAUGAAAGAUUUCUCCUGGUGCAAUGGAUCAUGCUGCGGCUACUACGUCAUCGCCAUGUGCGGCUGUCACUGGAUCCUCCAAAUGAUGCAACGCGGCGAAAUGCGCUCCAAGUACCAACUCCAAGGCGGCGGCUGCAAAGACUGCCUCUGUGCCUGCUGCUGCACACCCUGCGAUCUCGUCCAGCAAGACAAGGAGGCCGAGUUCCGCGAGAACGAGAAGCGCAGCCUCAUCACCCAG